UCAACGAGUGUCGCCGUUGCUCGGGCAACAGCGUCCUAGAGCCGGCGAGUGGGCUGGGCUUCUGUGGCCGAGCGGCCCGGGGUCCCCGCGCUCUGCUGUGGCCCCGCGAGGCGGAGAAUCGAGAAGGGGGCUCGGCCACCCACCUCUUCCCCGUGCGCAGAGAGGUCCACAGCGCCCACGCUGUGACUCCGACAGGCCGACGGGCACGCGGAGACACAACCAGCUGCAGGAAGAUGUUUCGUGGUCGGGUGCCCACCCGGCGCGGGACGCCACUGGGAGGCCCCUGGCUGUUGACAAGGCAGUCGCUUUAAGAAAGCUUCUCUCCAGAACCCACAGUUUCCGAAGUAGUUAAUUUCGAAGGAAAUGAGACGAAAUAGCCCCCAGACGAAUGCUGCCACGGUCAACAGCACCAAGUCCUGCGGUACCAAGGCCAGGGAUUUAAUGUGCAAAAUGGCGGUUAUACAGGACUGGCAUAUUUCGUAUCCUCCCACACACAAGUUCAUGAAUUUAAGACCUCACUCUUCACCGUGUAGAGUGUAUUCAAGGAAUGGUUCCCAACGUGUGUUUAGACCUUCUUCAACCACUGCUAUGGCAAAUCCGAUACUGUCCUUCUUAGAUGUCAAACGGAUUUUAUUUCAAAAAAUUACCGAUAAAGGAGACGAGUUGAGAAAGGCCUUUCAGCUGCUCGAUACCAAUCACAACAUGACAGUGUCGAAGAGUGAGCUGAAAAGAAUUAUCACAACCUUCCUGAUGCCUCUCACAAGAGAACAGUUUCAAGAUGUCCUGGCUCAGAUCCCCCUCACCAGCUCUGGUGCCGUUCCUUACCUUGAAUUCCUGUCCAGGUUCAGUGGGAUGGACCUACAUGUAAAUGUUAUAAAGAGGGGAGGUGGGAAUGAAAUGAAUUGCAGUCGGACAGUAAAAGAACUUGAAAUCCAAGUAGGAGAAAAGAUUUUCAAAAACAUGAAAACUGUUAUCAAAGCCUUCAAGCUCAUUGAUGUUAACAAGACUGGUCUGGUCCAGCCCCACGAGCUGAGGAAAGUUCUGGAGACCUUCUGUUUGAAGAUGAAAGACGAUGAAUACAAAAAGUUUGCAAAACACUACAACAUUGAUAAAGACACCACAGUGGACUAUAAUGUUUUCUUGAAGAACCUCAGUGUAAAUAAUGACUUGAAUCUUAGAUAUAAAACGGGAAAUCCAGAGGUCUCCUGGGAGAGUCAAUCCGUCAAAAAUUCCAAAAGGGAGUGCCCUCACAGCUCUGUUUCAUCCGAAGAGGUCUGGAAAAACUGCUCCCUGGAAGAAGUUGAGACGGCCUUCUGCCAGGAGCUUUCCAAGUCCUAUGGAAAGGUUGAAAAAGCCCUGAGUGCAGGGGACCCCUCCAAAAGUGGCUGUGUGUCUUUGAAUUACCUAAAGAUUGUCUUCGACACCUUUGUGUACCGAUUACCAAGGAGGAUUUUUAUCCAGUUAAUGAAGAGAUUUGGACUUAAAACCACCGCUAGAGUCAAUUGGAAACAAUUUCUAACCUCAUUUUAUGAGUCCCAGUGGUUGGAAGUCAACAACACAGUUCCCCCGACCGAAAGAAACAGCAUCACUUCUAAAAAUCAAUCUUGCGAGGAAAACAUUAUCCCCAAGUUAUCUAGACACGAGGGUCACUCUGCGUCACUGAAGAAAGCACUACUGAACGCCAAGACCAAACCCGACGGACGAAUAACAGGGGAAGAAUUGCGACAUAUUCUAAAUUGCGAGGCUGUAAAAAUCAGCGAUUCAGAAUUCAAAGAACUAAUGCAGACCCUUGACCCUGGGGGCACUGGAUGGGUCAACGUCAACACGUUCAUCCAACUGCUUGAAGAGAACCCUGAGGUGGAAGAGAUCGUCCAUGACUCAAUUACUAGGAAUCUGCAAGCCUUCUAUAAAAUGCUACAGGCAUAUGACCUCGGAGACACAGGGCUCAUUGGUCAAAAUAAUUUCAAGAAAAUCAUGCACAUAUUCUGCCCCUGUUUAACAGCUGAGCGUUUACUGAAACUCUGCAGUAAGUUUCAGGAUAUCACUUCAGGAAGAAUCCUUUACAAGGAACUUUUGGCACGUGUCGGAAUUAGCGGUCCACCCACCAUCUCUCCAGCUCUUGUUCCAAAGGAUCAAGUGUUCGGUGAACAUUUUAAUAAAGAGGAACAGCAGCAGCCAGACCUUCCUGAGAGAACCAAGCCCACUGGGGACAAAAGCACCCUGACCAAGAAAACGACUAAGGAGGAAGUGGUCGAAAAACACAAAAGAUGCAUACAGCAGCAGGACCCAACAUUCCGAAAAAUAUCUCUUGACUUCGGCAAGGAGCCGGCUGGCAAAGUUAACGUGCAUGACUUCAAGAAGGUACUGGGAAAUCGCGAAAUGCCCGUGGAUGAUGACCAGUAUGCUCCGCUCACUGCAGAAGUAGGACAUGAGAAAGGAGGGACGAGCUACCUGGACUUGGCGGCAGGCCCUGGAGACGCUCCGAGGAAUGGGCCAGAAGGGGCUCCAUCGCAGACUCCGGUUCUUUCGAAGAGUAACUUGGACGGCUACUUUGUAACCGCUGAAGAGUGCGUGAAGCGCUUCCCCCAGAGACUGAAGGAAGUCUUCCGGGACCCCUACUCCGCCUUCUUUAAAAUCGACACUGACAGGGAUGGCAUCCUCCACACGCGCGAUGUCCACAGACUGCUACGGCUCUUACUGUUCAAUCUGAAAGACGACGAGUUUGAGCGUUUCCUGGGCCUUCUGGGCCUGAGACUCAGCGUCACGCUGAAUUUUCGGGAAUUUCGAAAUCUGUGUGAGAAGACGUCUUUGAGAACAGACGACCCGCCUCAAAGACUCGUUAGACCAAAACAGAAGGUCGCAGAUUCAGAACUAGCUUGUGAGCAGGCUCAUCAGUAUCUUGCUACCAAAGCAAAAACCAGAUGGUCAGACUUAUCUAAGAAUUUUAUAGAAACCGACAGUGAGGGCAACGGCAUUCUUCGGCGGCGGGAUAUAAAGAACGCGCUGUACGGUUUUGAUAUUCCUCUAACACCGAGGGAGUUUGAAAAGCUCUGGAUGAGCUAUGACACCGACGGAAGAGGACACAUAACUUACCAAGAAUUUUUACAGAAAUUGGGGAUUAACUACUCGGCAGACAUUCAUCGGCCCUAUGCCGAGGACUACUUCAACUUCAUGGGCCAUUUCACGAAGCCACAGCAGGUGCACGAGGAGGCCCGGCAGCCGCAGCAGAGCCCAGACAGGGCCGCGCCGGCCAGGGACAAGCUUAAAGACCACUAUCAAGAUAUCAGCAAAGCACUCACCAAAGUCGAUCCAUCCCCAAAUGGCUACAUACCCGUAAGCAAGAUGCAGGAAGUGUUGCGGGGAUGCGGUUGUCACCUGAAGGAAGAGGACCUGGCCGAUCUUCUGAACAGCUGGGGAAUCCGCUGGCACGAUAACUCCUUCAAUUACCUUGACUUCUUGAAGGCGGUGGAGAACAGCGAGCCAACAAGACCUCCGCCAAGAGACAAAGAGGGCGCGCCCCUCACUUUUGCGACACUAGACCCGGCGGAGGUUGUGAAGAGUAUCCAGGAAGUUGUCGACUCCUCCAAUGCGGCUUUGUCAACGGCAUUUUCUGCAUUGGAUAAAGAGGACACUGGGUUUGUAAAGGCUUCAGAUUUUGGACAAGUUCUUAAGGAUUUCUGUCACAAACUCACAGAUAACCAGUAUCAUUAUUUUUUGAGAAAACUAAAAAUUCAUCUAAGCCCCCAUAUAAAUUGGAAAUAUUUUCUCCAGAACUUCGACUCUUUCUCCGAAGAGACUGCUGCCGAGUGGGCCGAGAAAAUGCCCCAAGGCCCACCACCCACGACUCCCAAGGAAACAGCACACCAGGAGCUCCUGGCUCGGAUCCACAAGGCAGUGGGCUCCUGUUACUGUGCGAUUGCUCAGGAGUUUGACAACUUCGACACCAUGAAAACGAACACCGCCUCCAGGGACGAAUUCAGGGCUCUUUGUGCUCGCCACGUGCAGGUUCUGACCGAUGAGCAAUUCGACAGACUGUGGAGCGAGAUGCCGGUCAAUGCCAAGGGGAGGCUCAAGUAUCUGGACUUCCUGAGCAUGUUCAGCUCCGAGAGAGGGGCCGCACCGCCAGCCAGUGGCAGUUCCACCAAGGCCCAGAAAGGCUGCAGCGUUCCCGAAGUCUCAGAGAGAAGCAGAUCCGCAGCUUCAUCGACGCCCGCUCCCGACCUCAAAGCGGGGUUGAAAACGCAGAGCCACCCCCCUACCCCGGCCAGUGCAAGCCCAGCAGACACGCUGCCCCUGCAGAACUGUGAGCCCAUAGAGAGCAAGCUCCGGAGGAGAAUUCAGGGCUGCUGGCGGGAGUUCUUGAAGGAAUGCAAAGAGAAGGACGUGACCAAGCAGGGGGAGAUCACCACGGCUGAGUUCCUAGCUCUCGUGGAGAAGUUCAGUCUGGACAUAAGCAAAGAGGAAUCUCAGCGGCUCGCCGUGAAGUAUGAUGUAAAGAACAGCGGGAAAUUUGCUUACUGUGACUUCAUUCAGAGCUGUGUCCUCCUGCUGAAAGCGAAGGAAACCUCGCUGAUGCAGAGAAUGAAGAUCCAGAACGCAAACAAGAUGAAAGAAGCUGGUGCUGAGACUUCUUCCUUUUACUCGGCUUUACUGCGGAUUCAGCCCCAAAUUGUGCACUGCUGGAGGCCGAUGCGACGCACCUUCAAAGCCUACGAUGAGGGCGGGACGGGGCUCUUGAGCGUGGCUGAUUUCCGGAAGGUCCUGAGACAGCACAGCAUCAACCUCUCGGAGGAGGAGUUCUUCCACAUCCUGGAGUAUUAUGACAAGACACUGUCUUCCAAAAUCUCCUACAACGACUUCCUGCGGGCCUUCCUCCAGUAGGCGGCCGACGGGUGCCUCCAGUGCAGAUGGGUGGGGACCACGCGGCCUGUCCCUAAGACGAAUGAGAUCACAGAAUCGGGGGCGGGGGGGGGGGGGGGCUCCAGAAACACACGCGGCCCCGUGUCUUUCCCGGCGGUUAAGGCUUUGCGCUGCCCCGCGGCCAUAGCUUCAGCCACAGCUCUGCCCCACGGAGCCACGGGACCCUUCACUCAGUUGGAGCAAAUAAAAUGUUAGUCUUUGCAGAAA